AUGGGAUCUCGAACAAGGAGUUGUUCCAACAAGGCGCAUUCACCCGAUGGAACAGCAUGUGACGGUUACAACACACAAUGUGAGUCAUGCAAUGAGAAAAGACGCCCACCUAUUAUUUCCGCAUUCUCUGUGAGUGAACCGAGAUCUGUGAGUUCCCCGGAGACUGAAUACAAGCUUCAGCAGUACACCACUGUGAACAUAAACGAAGGAAAAGACUUCAACCCUUCUUCUGGAAUAUUUACGUGUAGUAAAGCUGGAGUGUAUUACUUUACUGCCACACUUAUCAAGAAACGUGCCGACGUCAGUGUUGAUCUUGUGCAGUAUGAUGAUACCGAUAAAGGUCAUGCUGCAAUCAGCAACUCUGUUGUUCUGCGACUGGACACAGAUGACAUUGUUUACUUGGGCUGGUGUGAUGAUCCAAAUACCUCUUUAGAGAAAUGGUCAUCAUUCUCGGGAUUCCUUUUAUAUCCUGACAUUUGA